ACAUCACAGGAAAGCCCAAGUUUCAUGGAAAGUGAAGUCCUAAGAGUUACUCUGUUAGGUAGUGAAUGGAGGUCAUCCAAAGGAGGCUUGUCAACUCUUAACAGGGAGCUGGCAAUUCAGUUAGCAAAACAUCCCAAUGUUGAUGUCAGUGUGUAUCUUCCAAGGUGUAGUGAUGAGGACAGGAGAGCUGCCAGUAGCCAUAAUGUUCAGCUGAUUGAAGCCCAAGAAUUACCUGGUCAUGAUCAGCCAACUGAUUGGUUGGCUUCUUUACCUGAUGACCAUCAUCCACACUGUGUCAUAGGACAUGAAGUACAUCUGGGCCGACAGAUACCACUCAUUCAAAGGCAGCAACCUUGCAAGUGGAUCCAGGUUGUUCACACAGCUCCAGAAGAGCUUGAAAUGUUCAAAAGUUAUGAAGAAAUUUCGAGAGGUGAGAAUAAACAUCAUUCUGUGGUACAACUUUGUGAGUCAGCUGAUGAGGUGGUUGCAAUUGGACCAAAGCUGACAGAUGCCUACACUGGCUACCUUCGCUCCAGCAAAAAAGAUCGGGAUGUAUUCAACCUCACUCCAAGUAUUUUUGCUGAGUUUUGUAAUGUUAAACAAGCCUCCAAAGAAAGGAAGAACUUUUGUGUUCUUCUUAUUGAUCAUGGUAACUAUGAAGAUUUUGAGCUGAAAGGAUAUGAUAUCGCAAUGAAAGCAAUUGCUCAAUUGAAAGACAAGUCAUACCAGCUAAAGUUUGUUGGUGCACCUAAAGGAAAAGAGGAAGAAGUGGUAAGCAAGUUGCUUCACUAUGGCAUUCCUCGUAGUCAACUAACUGUGCGCUGCUUCAAAAAACAUCAAGAACAACCAAGUUAUGCCAAUUUAUUCUGUGAGGCUGAUUUGGCAAUCAUGCCUUCAAGAACUGAAGGAUUUGGUUUGACUGGGCUGGAAGCCCUAUCUGCUGGUCUGCCUGUCCUUGUAAGUGGUAACUCUGGACUUGGAGAGGCAUUGGAGGAAGUUCCUGGUGGUUUCCCAUGUGUAAUUCAUUCAGAGGAUCCUAAAGAAUGGGCCAAUGCCAUCAGAGUCAUCCGUCAGAAAAAAAGGAUGGUGCGACUUGAAGAAGCCACUCUUCUUCGAGAAGAGUAUGCAGCAAAGUACAGCUGGCAGAGACAGUGCGAAAGUCUUGUUGAGAAAAUGGUGAAUCUUGUAUCUGUUGAUCCUGUUACUUGGCAACCAUUGGCAGCAUCUGAAGAAAAUGAAUCCUCAACCACUGUAGCUGUUCAACAGGAAGGUUGGAGUGAACAAGUCAUCCGUAAUCUUCAACAGUGGCAACAGAAUGCCAGUAGAUGUAAGAUCAGCAGCAACACAGACCGACUCUCAGACUUAAAGAAGAUUGCUUCAGAAAAGGGCUAUAGAAUUUCUGACAAUCCAGGGUCAGGAAAUUGUAUGUUCUAUGCCUUGUCAGAGCAACUGGAGAUUGUCAGAGGAGAAAGGAUCCAUCAUUUUGAAUUAAGGCGUUCCUUAGUUCAGUAUCUAAGAGAGCACCCAAAACUGGUGGAUGGAACAGAUCUGUUUCACUUUGUUGAUAGACAUGCAACAUGGAAUGGUUACUUAAGAGACAUGGAACAAGAUGGCACUUGGGGUGAUCAUGUGAUUCUCUGGGCUGCAGCAAACUGUUAUCAAAUAGCCAUUCAUGUGAUUAGUAGUCUUCCAGGCCAGAGUGAGGUAAUUAUCAACCCAGAUUGUCCAUUUGACCAAAGCAAGCAUCUUGUACUGGGACAUGUCCAUGAAGUACACUAUGUCAGCCUUCAGCCCUUGCAAGAUGCCGUAGUAAAGAAGUCCAGGCAAGUUUCAAAUGAAAAGGUUACACGAAGUUCGUCCUCUGUUGUAACUCAGUCUGUGAAGCGCCCUAGAGGUAAAUUUCAUCAUUCUGUAUUAAAGAAGUCCAGGCAAGCUUCAAAUGAAAAGGUUAAACGACGUUCGUCCUCCGUUGCCACUCAAUCUGAGAAGCGCCUUAAAGAUGCCGCGGUAAACAAGUCCAGGCAAGCCUUAAAUGAAAAGGUUAAACGACGUUCGUCCUCUGUUGCCACUCAAUCUGUGAAGCGCCGUAAAGGUUCCGAUCAUUGUCUAAUUGUGGAACACCUUGAAGGUGAAUACAUCAGACGCUCCAAUGUGAAACCACUGCUGUGGGGUAGCGACAUCCAACUACCUAUUGAUGAAGUAUACACAAGGUUGCAAAUGAAAUGGAGAAAGAAGGCUUACUUUCAGCUAACAGAGAAGGAGGUUCACAUGUAUGAAAUUUUCAAGCCUGCUAGGAAGGGUGAAAAGGGCGCCAGAAUGGUACUUGUGGAAGGAAACCCUGGGAUUGGGAAGACUACGUUUUGCCUUAAAAUUGCAAGUGAUUGGGCCAAAAAAUUAGUACCAGUAGAGUUUCACUUCCCCAUGUUUCAGUUGUUGUUUCUUCUGAAAUGCUGUGAUAUUCACGAAGAUACUAAAGACAUAGUACAAGCCAUCGAUGAGCAACUUCUGAAUGAUGACAUUAACAAUAAGGAAGAAUUUUUGGAUUACAUCAGAGAUGGUAAGAAUCAGGACGAGAUUCUUUUAAUUCUGGAUGGUCUUGAUGAGUUACCAGAAGCAUCAGAAAAAGUCGUAGAUAGGCUAUUUAGAAGAAAAGUUUUCUCGCGCUGUUUUAUUUUGGCCACCUCACGCGAAGAAAAAGGAAUCGAUGUCCGGCGGCGCUAUGACUUUGAUACACUUUUGCAGAUUAAAGGGUUCACCUCAGAGGACGCUACAGAUUACAUCAGAAAGCAUUUUAAAAGCGUUGAUCCACAAAAUUUGUCAAAAGGCGAGAGGCUCAUUGAAGCUGUUCAAACAAAUACUCACCUAAGUGUGCUAAGGAGCAAUCCGUUGAAUCUACUUCUCUUGUGCGUUGUCUUUGAAGACUUUGAAGGGGAACUACCAUCUAAUCGCACUAAGCUUUAUCAGAUUAUUUUUCGAUGCUUGUUGAGGCGAUAUUGCUCCCGAAAUGGCUUGAACGUUCAUCGGAAUGCCGACAAAGCCCUAGAGAAUCAAUUUAAAGAGUCCCUACUUGUGCUAGGGGAGUUAGCGUGGAAUUGUCUUCGAGAAGACCGCCGUUCGUUUUCGGAAGAGGAACUGGACAAGUUAGAACAUUCGAGGACCCAUGUGAGAAGAUUUCCAGCUAUCAAAUUGGGCCUUGUUUUCAUGGAAGCCAGUUCAAGGCCAAGUCAGGAACCAAGACAUCAGUGUCAUUUUCUUCACAAAACAUUUCAAGAGUUUUUAGCUGCCUUUUACCUAGCGAACCAGAUGUUAACGGAACAACUUAGCCUUACUGAUCAUUCUGUUUUCUGGAGGGAAAGUAUGUUAUUUAGCUACAGACAAGUAUUUUUCUUUUUAGCUGGCAUAUUAGGCAUGGAAGGAACGGUGUUUUUCAAAGAAGUUGUAACGAUUUUAAAAGAAGACUUCGAGUGGUGCUACUCGGACCAAGAGUGUGAGUUCUUUCUUGAGCUUUUAAAAGAGAGUGGUGAUGCAGACGAUUUAGGCAAAGUUGCCUGCUGUCGUAUUCCAUUACCGAACGUUUUGAAGUUGGAUGAUUCACAGCAUUCUUGGCUUAAACUUAUACGAUAUGCACACGAAGGCGCCAUACUCGAAGGUGAUGUGGCAUCAGUGCAGCUUACUAAACUGAGCCUGUCGCACAAGCAGUCUUUCAGUAAAGGCGAUGUGGAAGAUUUCCAUGGAAUUAUCGAAAGCAGUCAAACUCUCACAGAGCUUGUCAUUGGUAAUAUCGAGAACAUGUCCCCUGAUGUUGCAGAUCUGUUCGCUGAGAGUAUUUCGUCAAGCACUUCACUAAGAACAGCCACGCUACGACUCUUUGACGUGAGUACUGAGAGGUGCGCCAGUAAUUUUAGCACCUUGCUAUCGACUCUCUCGCAAUUGGAAUGUCUUUCGCUUGAAGUCUUUGGUGUUCUGAACAACACUGCUGCACAAGCCGUGAAAGCGUUAUUCAAAUCAUCGCUAAGUUCUCUCGCCUUCAUUGUUCAUGGGGAUCAGGAUGACCGUUUAAUGUCGAUUGUUAGUGAAGGACUUGCAGAGGAAACCGCAGUGGAGUCUCUUAGUUUUGUUGUUUAUGGAAGAGUUAGUAACCCUGGAAUCGCAGCACUGCAAAAAGGUAUUCUGCGAAAUAAAACUUUGCACUCUUUAGAGUUAAAGGUUUACGGAGAUAUCUCAGGAGCGUGGAUGGCAGCUGUUGUUACCAUACUGGCAGCCAAGAAAUCAUGGAAGUCUCUUGUUAUUCAUCCAAAUGUAUGCGGGAAAAUUAAACAUGAAGCAAGUUUUCUUCCUUUUCCGAUUCAAGGUGAUGCCCCAUCAGAAAAGUCGUUAACCGUGAACGUCUGUGCUGAACUGAGCGUUAUAAGCUUAGAAGCCCUUGAAGAUUUUUUCAUGAGAAGUUCGCCACUAUCUGGUUUGCAGUUGAAUGUCCGAGGUAAACAAAGCAAUGAAGUUGUGGAUCGUCUGGUAGACUAUUUUCUGGCUAACAAUUCACUGUCCUCACACAGUAUUAUUAACCUUAGUGGUGAAAUCAGAAGCUAUAAAGGAACUGCUCUUGAAAGAUUAGUUGAAGAGGGUCAAAAGCGUUCUGUCUCGGUGCACUUGAAUGGUCCUGGUGAGGAUCACCUUUUAAGUGGUUGUGAUACUCUCGCUAAAUUUUCGUCAGCGUCGGCUGCGUUUUUAGUUGACGGGAAGACUGCCACACUCCUUGAAGUUAUUAAGCUAUUAAGCUCUGCAUCAUUGACUACAUUCAGUCUCACGGUUUACAAUCACGUUGACUUCAUGGGAAACUGGGCCAUCGGUGUGGGUGAUGGCGUGGCGAAAAGCACAUCAUUGACUACAUUCAGUCUCACAGUUUACAAUCACGUUGACUUGAUGGGAAACUGGGCCAGCGGUGUGGGUGAUGGUUUGGCGAAAAGUACAUCAGUGACUACAUUCAGUCUCACAGUUUACAAUCACGUUGACUUGAUGGGAAACUGGGGCAGCGGUGUGGGUGAUGGCUUGGCGAAAAGCACAUCAUUGACUACAUUCAGUCUCACAGUUAACGAUUACGUUGACGCGAUGGGACACUGGGCCGAUGGUGUGGGUGAUGGCUUGGCGAAAAGCACAUCAUUGACUACAUUCAGUCUCACAGUUAACGAUUACGUUGAAGCGAUGGGAAACUGGGCCGAUGGUGUGGGUGAUGGCUUGGCGAACAACAGAUCAUUAACUUCGUUCAGUCUCACAGUUAACAAUCACGUUGACUUGAUGGGAAACUGGGCCAGCGACUGGGCCGACAGUGUGUGUGAUGGCUUGGCGAAAAGCAGAUCAUUGACUACAUUCAGUCUCACAGUUAACGAUUACGUUGACGCGAUGGGAAACUGGGCCAGUGGUGUGGGUGAUGGCUUGGCGAAAAGCACAUCAUUGACUACAUUCAGUCUCACAGUUUACAAUCACGUUGACUUGAUGGGAAACUGGGCCAUCGGUGUGGGUGAUGGCUUGGCGAAAAGCACAUCAUUGACUACAUUCAGUCUCACAGUUAACAAUUACGUUGACGCGAUGGGAAACUGGGCCGAUGGUGUGGGUGAUGGCUUGGCGAACAACAGAUCAUUAACUUCGUUCAGUCUCACAGUUAACAAUCACGCGGGUGAAAAGGGACACUGGAUGUACGAUAUAAGCGAGGGCUUGGCAGAGAACGGUUCUUUAACGGCGAUAAGAGUUGCAUUUAGUUUGUACGGUGAGGACAGAAUUCGCUAAACGUUUAGAUAGUCUUUGUUCAUUCCAUUUUUUCUCCGUCUAUUGAAAGCGUGAAUAGAACUACGUAGAGCUAGAAAUUAGGAUAAGGACACAAAAGAAGAGAAACAACCGUGUUAAAGUUCAUUUGUAGACUGUGAGAAGUUAACUAACAUAUUUAGUCGGGAGGCAAGAAUUCAAACGGUGAACAUACUUAUCGUCGUCUUUUACUUAUCAGUGUUGUUUCUGUUUGCACAAUGUACCAGUUUGGAAAAUAUUUCGUUCGGACUAACAGUAUACAUUAAUCUAUUGCUGACAAAAAAGAAAAAUAUGUGUUGGUAAACAUGAAUUAGAAACACAGCCCUUUGCGUGUUUUGACGCAAGGAGUGCGCAUGGUAUUAAUUAGAAACGAAGUCAUAAAACUGAUGCGUUGAAAUACCAGGAUGCCGACACAAAGAGAUAAAGUUUCAGUGAUCUUUUCUACCAUGUCAACGUUUUAUAAGAUGAGCCUAAAUGUAGAUGCGCUGUAUCGAA